AGGUUUCUCAGUUCGGUUGGACUUCUGAUCAACGACUCGUCGUCGAACGGUGACGUUUCCGAGAGCAGGCGCAGGUGCCCGUCGUGUUUACGUCGUGCCUUUGCAUUCGCAACGGUUGAUAUUAUGCCCGUCUCAUUCUCGAUUCAAUGCUGAAAUAUCCGAAGGCGAAUAAUAGUUGUUUCUGGUGAUAAUUGUUGUAUUGGUGAUCACAAGUGGUUCUGCGGAUCAGUUCUGUUUUGUAUACAAUACACAGCGCGUCGAAUCGUGCACCCUGCCAAGUAAAUUGCAAGGAUUCCACACACCCGGCUGCUUUUGGAUUACACACGUACGGAAUACACGGAAAUUGGCAGCAACUCAAAACAUCUUAAACUCAAGGAUACAAGGUCGAGUAUGGUGAGUUCCCGAUCCCAGACAGCGACGUCAGCCGGCGAGGAUACCAGGAGCGAACUUCCCUACAGGAACUACUAUUCAUCGAGUGAACUUCCGACGGGGGGAGGCGGGGGUACGAACAGCGGCCCGGCCUCCCUUUCGAUGUCCGUUGACAUCCACAACCUGGUCUCAUCCUCCUCGGCACCUGCCGCAGCGCCCUGCCCGCCCAGCCCGGAUCCCGAGGGACCAUCGAGCGUCGCCCUUCGAGCGAGCAAAAGCGACCCCGAGGAGGAGGAGGAGAGCUACGAGGGCUUCGGCUACGGAGACGGUGACUCGCCCGGAAGCUCGGCACCCUCGCCGACGAGGUCCAACCCUCCACGAGACGGCAGAAGUCCUCCAUGCAGCAUCGGCAGACAUUCUUGGCUGAGAACAUCUUUGAGACGAACUCCACCUAGCCAUAUGGAAGAAGGUUUACCGAACAGGCGCUGGGGUUCCUUCAGACACUCUGGGAACAAGAGGCUCAGCUCCAACGCGUUAGCAAGCCAACUCUAUCGAAGCAGCAGUUUCAACAGUUCUGGGAGAGGAUCGACUUGCGACACGGCAGACGAAAUAUACAGCGACGUGUCCUUAGAAGAUGACGUCUUAGGUCUCAGCCAUAAGGUUCAAUUGCUUCAAGAGCAAAUGGACGCUUUGGCCGACAACCGCUCUGCUAGCGAGGAACGAUACGCCAGGGCGAAACAGGAAAAUGCCACCCUACAGGCCAGGGUCCUCAUGCUCGAGGAGGCGCAGCGCGACGCCGAGACAAGAGCCGAAGAACGACUUCAGGCUGAGCAGAGACGACAUAGAGAGUGGGCCGGGCGUUUGGAACGAGAACGUCAACUCCAGCUUGAAAAUUACGCGAUAAGACUGCAGGCUGCAGAAGUGGAAAGCACGAAUCUUCGCGACGAGGCGGCGCGGUUACGGGAGCAGCUUGAAAAGGCGCGGGCUGAUCGCGCCGCCCUUCAGGAGGCUGUCGAGGACGCUCGUCGAGAAUCUCAGGAAGCCCAGGAAGCCGAGCGCAAGGCAAUCGCCAGGGCAAAUGAGGCCCAAUCACUGAUGCAGGCUGCGCGCGAGGAGCUCAUCGCCAGGACCGAGGACCAACAUCGAAUGGAGGAACUCGUUCAGGAAGUGACGCGGCUCCGAGCUCGGAACAAAAGUUUGGAAGAAUGCCGUGACGAGCUUCAGGCAGCAGCAGCUCUGCAGGCCGGUCGAGAACUUUUGAUGCUGAACCCAAUGGUCAAGGAGAAUCUCAAUGCGGAAGCGAGUCUGGCAGCGGAAUUGCGAGAGGGAAUGAGUCAAGAUCAGACGGACGGACAGUCGCACGCUGAUCACGGCGAGUCCUGCACUGUUUCCGAGAUGAAACAGGCCCUGAAAGAGCAACAGGAGGUAAACACCCAACUGAGGGCGUAUAUCGAUGGGAUAUUGUUAAAUAUUGUUGAAAAUCAUCCGCAAUUGUUAGAAGUUAAGCACGGGCAUUAACACACCCUCUCUAGUCCCUGACCAACUCCCUCCUGUUUUUCUUUCUCCAGAUCUCUUUGAAUUCCUCGUAUAAUAAUCAUUAUAAUAUAGACAUCAUUGAGCUGACCACUGGUCUCUUCUGUUUAAAAAAAAACUUCAUAUGUAAUUUAUGUAAUUUAUUUUAUCGCAUAAAUUUUUGUGGUUGUAAAAAUAAUAAUUACUGUAUAUCAUCAUAUUACACAUACGAAUGUUUAAAACGUGAUAUAUCCGUCCACAUGAGCGUGGAAUGAAUAUAAUACAUAUACACCUGUACAUGAUAU